AUGGAUUCUAGCGCACACAACGGCGGCGUGUCGCCUCGGACAUUUGCGAUACAACAUCAGCGCCCCAAAACGAGUUUUCAGGGAUGCUCGCGCAUCACCGAUUACGAGCUCCUCGGGAAGUUGGGCGAGGGUACUUUUGGUGAAGUCCAUCGCGCGCGAUCUCGCAAGACAAACGCCCAUGUAGCUCUCAAGAAAAUCAUUAUGCAUCACGAAAAGGAUGGCUUCCCCAUCACGGCACUGCGCGAAAUCAAACUUCUGAAGCUGCUCUCCCACAAAAACGUCCUGCAGCUCAUUGACAUGGCCGUGGAGCACCCUCAAAGAGCCAGCGACAAGCGCAAAAGACCCAUCAUGUACAUGGCAACCCCGUACAUGGAUCACGACCUAUCAGGUCUGCUUGACAACCCCUCUGUUCACUUCACCGAGCCUCAAAUCAAAUGCUAUAUGCUGCAACUUCUCGAAGGGCUGCGAUACCUGCACGACAACCGUAUUUUGCACCGAGAUAUGAAAGCCGCCAACCUCUUGAUCAACAACAAGGGCAUCCUCCAGAUUGCCGACUUUGGUCUCGCAAGACACUACGAAGGACCGACGCCAAAGCCAGGCCAUGGCGCAGGCGAGGGGAAAAGAGAAUAUACCGGCCUGGUCGUCACUAGAUGGUACCGACCCCCCGAGCUGUUGCUUCAUUUGAAGAGAUACACGACCGCUAUUGACGUCUGGGGUGUUGGCUGUGUCUUUGGUGAGAUGCUUGUUGGAAAACCGAUCCUGGCAGGCGAGAGUGACACUCACCAACUCGAAAUCAUUUGGGAUCUGAUGGGAUCACCCACACCUGAAACCAUGCCCUUGUUCAACACGCUCCCUGGUGCGGAGGCCCUUACGCUGCGUCCUCGACCCGGCAGCUUGUCCAACAGAUUCAGAGAGUAUGGGACUGGUGCCGUUUCUUUGCUAAAGGAGCUCCUUAAACUUGACUGGAGAACUCGUAUCAACGCCGGUGACGCCCUCAACCAUCCGUACUUCAAGAUGGCUCCCAUGCCAGCCGACCCAGGCGACCUCCCAACGUUCGAAGACAGCCACGAACUGGAUAGGCGGAAAUUCCACGACCGCCAGGCGAAGCUGCCACCUGCGCCAAAGGGGGGCACGGUGGGCAUGGGUCCUGAAGCACAUGGUGCGAAUGCCGGGUUCAACAACGCCGACGCCUACAACAGCCGCAACGGCGUGAACGGUAACCGUAACCCCAACCUGCCUGGAGCCCCCCGUAACGGGGACGAGCGCAGGCCAGCCUGGCAACGAGACAGAGGCUUGCCGCCAAGGCCACCCCCGCCCGAGUACGUCAACGGCGGGCCUAUGGAACGCGAUGCCUUCCGGGAUCGGGAUCGAGACAGACGACCUAGGAGUCGGGGUGGAAGAGCACCCGACGUAGAUACGUAUAUCCCGAGUUAUAGGGACGAUGCGUCUCGACACCGGGAUGACCGGCCGCCGCGCGACCGUCGUCGCAACAGCAGGGAUGAAAGGUGGCACGACCGGGAUUGGGACCGCCGGACGAGAAGCCGUAGCCGCUCGCCGAUAAGGGAGCGUGAGCGGGACCGGGACAUGUACCGCAGGUGA